UGGGUGUGGGUCAUUAUGGAAAAUUAGGGAUCAUUACCUUGGUUGGCACGCAGCAAAGAUCUCGUGUUUUUUUCUUCUUUUUGUGUAUUUGGGAAUCCGUCUGGUUUUGUUUGUGGCUUUGAGAAGAUUUGCGGGAAGAAGAAGAGCGUUUAGGGAAGCUCUGGAUCCCAAUUCCUCCCGUUCUUGGCGGCGGAGGUUAUGCUUCUUCAUUUUUCGUAUCAGAUAUUUGAGGGCUUGGAUAUAAAGGGCUUUUUAUAUUUUCUCAAGAUAUGGAGCUUGCUUCUUUUUGGACAAAUUCCUUCCGGCAUCAAGUUUGUUCUUUCCAGGAAGUGCUUGACUGGCGUUUCCUUGUUCUUGGAGAUUUUCUUUUGGUUUCCUUUGUCAAUUGCACUUAGUGGUCAAGUUCAUCUAAAUGAUCAGCACAGGAGGCGUAAUGAAAUUACUUUUUGAGAUUGGUGUUGGAUCGUUGGUGCAACCGUUCAAAGCGUUGUUGAUGCAGUAUCCUGAUGAUUUUCUAGGUGAAAAUUCUGCAGGGAGCUGAGUUCUGUUAAUCACUGAAGCUGGUUUACACAACUACCAAAAGUCAAGACUAUCGCAUUGACCUCUGCUGGUCAAAGCCUUUAUUAUUUGUUCUUAUCUUUGUUCCUGAUGGGUGAUGUUUAGAGAGUCAUGACAUUUCUUACUGGAGGAUAUAUCUUCAAUCUCUAUAUUGAAUUAUGAGAUAGCUCGUUCGCAAUCAUCUGGUACUUCCAACUGCUCAGCUGGCUUGGACAGUUCUUCUCGAGGUUCAACAUGUUUGGUGGUGUUUGUCAUAUAUUUCCAUCUUCUUCCUGUCUUGAAGUUGAAGUUGUGGAUUUUGUAAUGAAUAAAGCUGCACAGUCUGCUCAUCAUAAUUUUUCUGGUUUUGUGCUUUUGCAUUUUACCAUUGAAAAUUAGUGGUGGUUUUUGCUAGAUCAGUGCAAGACAGUUGUUUACUACUUAGUCUUUGUACGAAGAUAAGAGUUUCUCUACUUCGUUUGAGUAAAGAAGAUUUGUCUUUGUGCUUCUGUAAGAAAAAUGGAGAGGUAUAUGUUAAUCAAGGAAGUUGGUGAUGGCACUUUUGGAAGUGUCUGGCGGGCUAUCAGUAAGCAGACCGGGGAAGUUGUUGCAAUUAAGAAAAUGAAGAAAAAGUAUUACACAUGGGAGGAGUGUGUCAGUCUGAGAGAAGUGAAGUCAUUACGCAAGAUGAAUCAUCCAAAUAUUGUCAAACUCAAGGAAGUUAUCAGGGAAAACAACAUUUUGUACUUUGUAUUUGAGUACAUGGAAUGCAAUCUUUAUCAACUUAUGAAGGAUAAAGAAAAGCUCUUCUCAGAAGCUGAAGUGAGAAAUUGGUGCUUUCAAGUCUUUCAAGGCCUUGCCUACAUGCAUCAGCGAGGAUACUUUCAUCGGGACCUUAAACCAGAAAAUUUAUUAGUUGCUAAAGACUUGAUAAAACUGGCUGAUUUUGGGCUUGCUCGGGAAACUAGUGCAGUUCCACCCUAUACAGAAUAUGUUUCAACCCGGUGGUAUAGAGCUCCAGAGGUGCUGCUUCAGGCCUAUCUUUAUGGUCCUAAAGUUGAUAUGUGGGCAAUGGGUGCUAUUAUGGCAGAGUUGUUUACUCUUCGUCCUCUUUUCCCUGGAGCAAGUGAAAUAGACCAAAUCUACAAAAUUUGCAAUGUACUUGGCACCCCAAAUAUGGAUACAUGGUCUGAUGGAGUUUUUCUUGCAAGGAAUAUCAAUUAUCAAUUCCCGCAGUUGAAUGGAGUUCAUCUCUCUGUUGUUAUUCCUUCAGCCAGUGAAGAUGCUGUCAAUCUUAUUGCAUCACUUUGUUCAUGGGAUCCAUCCAAGAGACCGACAGCUGUAGAAGCCCUCCAACAUCCCUUCUUCCAAAGUUGCUACUAUGUUCCACCGUCUCUUCGUGCUAGAGCUCCAAUUGCUCGGACCCCUCCUUCUGCUGGAACAAAGGAUCUCCUGGAGCAGCAAACUGCUAAAAAAUAUCCUGGGGCUCUAUCUGAUUCAAGGAUUGCUGGCAACUUCUCUCCAAAGGCGCCCUCGUUGUUGAGCAUAGGUGUGCAAAGGAAGUUGGAUUUGAUGAACCAGGAUGCAAAUAAGAAUGAUAAAAAUAUGAAGAGCACUGUUAGACAACCGAAAUACCGACCGCCUGUGAGGAACAGCCCUACCAACUCCAUCUACAGGGGAAAUAAUGUGCGUGGAGUUUCAGAUGCAGGUGAAAAGUUGGCAAACAUGACAAUUGCCUCUCGCAGGCCAUCGAUUGUGCAGCUUCCUCGUCCGAUGAAAGCGGGUGUCCGCUGGAGCGGUUCCUCUGGUGAUCUGUUAAUAAGGCCCGCUCAAGAAAUUCAACAUGGCAGCAAUUACCCGAGGAAGGUUGCAGGUUGACAGCCCCUUCCUCUCAUAAUCAUCGAGAUGCCCUUACAGUAUUUUGUUUCUGUUAUUUGAAGAACCGUAAUGCUACGCGCCCCCCUCUGGGAGAACUUAUGUAAUAAAUGACCGCUGACUAUACUCGUCUGUUUAUGUUUACUGUACUACUUUGUUUGCUACUCUGUGAUUUUCUCCAUUUAUGCCUUCUAUGAAAUUACACACUUAUCAGUAACAUUUAUCAA